GAUGUAUUUAAGUAAUAUUUAGAUUCAGAAAAACUGAUUGGAAUCACAAGAGAUGAUCUUAAGUAAAUGUAUAGUGAUAUUUUUGAUACUUCAUUCGAAAAAGAUCAUUAAAAUUCUUUAAGAGAAAUCUUUAAUGAAAGCAAAAUUUAUUUAACUAUAAAAAAGUAACUCAUGUGAAGUGUACCCUAAAAAAAAAGAAACUAGAAUGUGAAAAAAUUGAAGAGAAAAUAAGAAAUUAUUAGCUGAAACUUUAACAUUUGACAGCUCAGCCUCAAUAAUAAAUUAAAAGAGACUUCAACUUUUAAGAAGCAGCAAAAACAAUGAAC